UAGACGCUGGCUUCUGCCUGCGAUUUUUCUGCUUCUGACUCAAGUACCUUGUAAGGGAUUAGUGGGUUGCUGUUUAAUGGAGGAACUCGCACAAGCGGCUAAGAAUCUGGCAUCUAGCUCUGGAGUGAUGCCACUGAGAGAUCUGGGGCUCAAGAAGCUCUGGAGCGCCGUCAAGGCAGGAAAUCGCAGCGAUUCUGGCGGAGGUGGCAGCAGCAACGGAGGCAACAGGUGCGAGGAGGCUGGACUUGGAGGUGGGGGCGAGGACCCAGAGCCUCGAGGUAGUCUCCCGGCCUGCUCACUGCCCCUGCUGCAGGUGUGGCCCAGUCAGGACUCUCCUCGUGGAGAAGCAGAUGGUCAGAGCUUCGUGUUCCCAACGGACGACGGAGCGGCGUCGAGCGGUGAGCUGGGCCUGCAACAUGACUCCGGCAUCGAUUCGGUACAGGUGAGUCCUUCUUCAGGGGCGAUCCAGUGCGCGGUGGUGGUUCAACCACCCGCAAUCCCCACAUCAUCCCCUUCACCAACAGCGGGAGGGGCACGACGUCCUAGUAGUGCCCUACUGCAUCCUGACCAUGCCCGUCUUCUCAGAGCACCCAGCUCUCCCGACCAAGCCUCCGUGGAGGAUAUGAGCGAGUUCCCCGUAGUUUCAAUAUCCGGCUUCACGGCGUCAUGCUCCUCGUCUACCACAUCCUCAAUGACAAGCGUUGCAGCAGCCGUGACGUCAAUGAGUUCGAGAACCUCGGACCAGUGGCUCCAGCAGGAUCGGGACAGGCGGAGGAGCUCCACAAUGACAGCGCGGUAUUCGUUGCUAGACGCACUGGACCUGGAAUACGCGCUGCUGAGAGCUGCAGCCAGAGGAAGCGUUGGCCCUUACAGCCUGUCUGAGUCGCUGCAUAAACUGACGUUCACACAGAGCCUGGCAUUCCCAGCUCUAGCCCGUGGUUUGGCAGGAAAAAGGCGUAGGAGUAACCAGACCAAUUCAAGUCCCCUUGAUCCGUCUGACACGGGACUCAAUGCCUUCGCCAAGGUUAUCACCGCAUUGGUGCUCAUGCUUGUUAGUGUUCUUGUGUUUGGUGUGGUGUAUAAAUAUGUGAGGACGUGAGGAUUGCUUUUGUCCCCAGUGCCGGGACAUAAUUCCGCUACUGCUACUGAUGGUCUACCUACUAAUUUCACCUCAGUGUUUGGACGAAGAGGCCACAAUAUCUCCUAGCGAGAGACAUGGCUUUUUCUCAUUAAUUACUGUGAGCUACGUGCGUGAUUUGCACAGCAGCGCUCAAUAUUAUGCGCAUUUCCUGUUCUAUCAACAGAUUGUGGGUGUGGAUAUUUGUUGAGUGGUUGUUGAUGGCGGUGUGGAACUAAAUUCUCUGAGAUUAAUAUCAUCCGAUAGUUGCGUUUGCGACUAAUCUCUUCGUUAUGGGCUUAUGCCUGUUAUGUUCUUUAACAAAAUGAAUAUGUUUUUGCUAUGACAAAUAUCUCUAAUGUUUCACUGUUAGAAAACUGUUUUACAUAUUAUAUAUUUCGAGUGUUGAUCUCGUAUAUUAACUUAGUAAUAUAUAUGCACUAUUCGAUGAAUCUCAGGACAGACUUAAUUCAUUUUCAGCCGUAUUCCAAUCAGAGCUAAAUUAUUUCGUUGAAAUAUAACAUGAUACAUCAUAAAUUAUGGCAUAAAUUAAGUAAAAGUAAAGCUAUCACUGUAACAGGCCGUAGAGGCCCAUAGGGUUUUGAGAUGUUGAG